AGCAGGUGCCGGCAAUAUCUAUCAACAGAACUGAGGAGGAUGCGGGUACGAGAAAGAAAGAAAGAAACGAAAAAGAUCCUCGAACAAAGAUGCACAGAUCUGCCCUACUGGCCGUGGUGUUGUGUGCAGGUCGUUCGCAUGGAGAUCCUUCUACCGGUUCUGCUGGGCCUCAUCUCGCUGCCGGCUGGCAGUGGCGUUCCGUUUGAUGUUUCUCUGGUGCAGCGGCUGGAGAGCAACGACACGGACCAGGAACUGUCUCCACUCAUGCAGAUCCGGAACUCCAUCUCCAUGAGUGCACGGCGGGAGGACGAUGCGGCAAGAUAUGCAAAUGACUACGGGCGAGCCAUCUUGCGGCUGGCGAGAGUCUUGUGCGAGUGUGCCGUGCGCUCCGUGCAAGAGCAAGUAGGGCAGCUGCUGGUUGAAAUUGCAGAGGCUGGACCUCGGGCUACUAAGGCUCUCCUACGGUGGGCUCUCAUACAAUACACACGAAGGCAGGAUUGCCUACACACGGCGUGCUUCUGCUUCAGGGUGGGUGCCAUCCCCUCUCUUGUCGAGGCGCUCGGACUCGUUUUGUACACUCUCGAAGCGACGGGCCGAGAGCUCUUCACAUACGAUGUCUUCUUCCCUUUAUUCCUCGUGACGGACAAGGCGAAGGAGAAUUGCUUCCGACGGGUGGAUGAGCUGGUGGAGUGGGGUGGAGUGCCCCUGCUCAUGAAGCUGCUCGACGACAAACCGCUGUUUAUCAGGACAGCUGCGACCAAGACUCUAAGGAAUAUGGUGACCGGUAAGUGGUCAGCUUGCCACGCCAGAAUGGUGCGUGGUGUGAUGCUAUUGCUUGCUUCUUGUCGCCCGCAAUUUUGUUGAAGCGUUAUCAACGGGCAGUCCCUGCCCGCAGUCUGUCAGGACCGACGUGAUAGAUGUCUUGUUCCAACGAGGGCUGCUGACAAGGCUCUCACCGUCGGUUUUGCCGUCCGACUACGUCGACCUCCAGCUUCAUGCCGCCAACGCCAUGGUCAGAACAGUGUUGGAAACAUCAGUCAAGAUCGGUCAGUGAGAUACCACAAGGAGGUGCAUGUAUCGGAGAAAUCAUUUGUUGCUUGACCUGUGUGUGCACGAUGGCAGGAGGGAAGCCACAGGCACAGUCCGCGCUUCUUUCCGACAUAAUGGACGGAUCUAUCCUGCCCAACGCCGUAACAGCCCACCGGGAGGCCGAUCGCAGUGACGGAAGAAGCCAGGCCUUCUGGGAACUUUUUCUGGUUUCUUGUGGCCCACUGAUGAAGUGGGGAAACGACACACAGGUGCGCUAGCUGGCCCCUGCACCACACCAGGGACGGAGCAGCCGGAGACGCUCAUGUGUGUCGUGUGUUGCAGCGUUAUCACGCGGUCGAUCAUGGGUGUGUGGAGCUCUCGUGUGAGGUGCUUGGGGGCCAGGGGGAGUAUAGAUGGGAAUUGGAAGGAGUGGACCUGACGAUGAUCUAUAUUAUCGGAUCCCUCAAUGAUCUCCUCCGGUAAGGCUUUCCCUGUCGCCAUCUCGUCCUGUCGCCAUAUCGUGGUUUUUCAAUGGCAGGAACAGUAGCGUCGCCUUGAGCGGUCGCGCGAAGGACAUCAUCUUCAACAAGGUCGGUCUGCUCCGUUCACUAGCCCAUGUCUGUUUGGUGUGUGUGUUUGCACUGCAGAGCGGCUGUCUGCACUCUAUCCAGAAGCUCGCCAGCUACAGUCAUGACAUCAUCACCAGGACGACAGCCAAGGACACGAUGGCCGCCCUGGCCACUGGCGCUUGUCCCCGGCCCCUGACUGACAUCCAUGGGAGUGAGUGCCCACGAUGUCCGCUGCCCACGGCCGACAUCCAUUGGGGGGAGGAUGGCUCGCUGGACGACGACAAUCCCAGGAUGACAUCACAGGAGUGCGGUGUAGGCCGAGUUCGUCUCUCGCAGCAGUCUCCCUCCUGUGCGCGAUGGGUCGGUGCCGCCCUGCUUGGCCUGGUCGCCCUGUCAGUCGUGUGUGCUGUCGUUGUCCGUCCCCUCAUCCCUUCAUGGCGGCAGAGCACCACCUCAUCCGGUACUCGAGCACCAGAAAGCGGCAAAUCGGCUGCAGUGGUUGCUCAGCUCAAGGGUGCCAUCAGCGAGGCGGUUGCAAAGACACAGAGGUCAGCAGAUGAGUACAGCGAUGGCUCCACUGGCUAUGCAACGUGUAUAUCUGUGUUGGCGCAGUUUGGAGUCGUCUCUUGCAGCCGCGAAGGCCACCCGUUCUCGCGUCACGCAGCGGGAAGAUCAGCUGAAAGAGGACAUCAAGCAGCUCAAGCAGCAGACCACUUCGCACAAGUGAGCGGUGUUCGGUCAGCAACGAGAGGGACCUAGAGCGGUGGAUGUGUUUCUUUCUGCAGCUUGAGUCGUGACGCAUUGGCGGCCUUGACAACCUCAGCCGCCAUCGGUGAGUUCGCCGACAAUAUAGCCAAUGAGGAGGGGCGGCUGGAACAGCUGCACGGCCAGCUGUGGUAUCGAGUACUCGACAUAGCCAAGACGGGACAGCACCAGCAGCAGCAGUGUGCCAACGAUAGUAUCGAUAGCGAUCGGCCGACUACCACACACAGAGCAGAGGGGUGAGAAGAGGAAGGGAAAGACAGACAGGGGCGCCUGUCUGUCAACUGUCGUGGUGUUCUUCCGCCCAUCCACAGGUGUUCGUCGGCUGAUGUGUCGCCCUCGGCGUCGGCCGUGGAUGCCGAGUCGCUGACCAAGGAGCUGCGACAAAUGCUCAAACGAACCAUCAACCAGAUCAAAAAGUGAGAGAGUCGACGGCGCACGCAGAGUCGACGGCGCACGGUGCAUUCACAGCGUUUGUGCCGGCCACUUACGUGUGUAAUUCAGGUUCGAGGGCGACAUAGCUAGAGAGCGGGGCAGAUGUGCGUCCUUGGAAACAGACGUGGCGGCACUCGAGCAACAGCGACGCGACCUGCAGCAGAAAGCGGCCGCUGGGUAAAAGGCAACCGAUUCACGCGCAUUGUCUGCCAUCCAUCCACUCAUUUAUCAGGUUGACCGAGUAUCGUCUAUCGGUGAUCGACACUGCUACUGAUGUAGAGGCCUUCAAGCGCGACAUCACAUCGGCCUUGCAGCAGCUGCGGGCCCUCAGCAAGAAGGCGAGCGAGCAACAGGGCAUUCUGCAGCAGAAGGAGCGUGCAGCCGCCGAGCAGGCCAUGCAAGACGGCACCUGUGUCGCCUGUCUCGAGCGGCCUCCCUCAGUGGUCUUCUUCCCCUGCAAGCAGAGGUGUCUGUGUGCCGGUUGCUGGGCUGAGAUGUCGCACAACCACGAGCGGGCCAAACGUGAGAUGGAGCGACUGAGGCGGCGGGGUGUGCCGGACAAGGCGAUGCCCAUGUGGGUGCAGAUCGAUGGCGUGCUCAAGUGCCCUGCGUGCCUCACCAGGGCCGUGUAUGCCACCGAUCUGGAGGGCGUGAAAGCCACCACGUGACUGACGUAGAGUAGAGAGGGGAGGGAGCGAGCAGGCAGGCAGGUUUCGCUACCGUCUUGCGUGCAUUCAUGGCCCUCACAGCAUAUAUGGUUUUCGGUAUCUCCUUGUGUGUACAGCGAUGAAUCCAUCAGACCAUCUGAUGGGCACCUUUAUAUAUAUCCAUGUGUUGGUAUGUAUGGGCUUUGUCGAAUCGGGUUGUGUGUUCUCUUCCUCCUCCUGACGUCUCUCUGUCGCUUAGUCAUCAUCUGAGCUUCACGUGUGCAGUGCGUACUGUAUUUGUGCCAUGCCUUACUUGCGCCGUGGACAUGCUUCUCGCGGCGCGAGCCAUCAGUAAGUAAGUGGGUCAUGCGGUGCAGGCAGUCGUGUGCGUUGCCGUGCGUGUUGUGACAUUUGUGGUUGGGGCAGACGACAUGUAUGUCGCUCUAUCAAAUGUGAUGUGCUG